GAGCUUGAGCGUGCCCACGAUGAUUUGUGGAAGGUGCAACCUGCGCUGCGCGAAUCCGAAGCACGAUAUAGCCGUAACCUCUUCGCUGUCGAACCUGGCAAAACAUGUUCAGAGCCGCUCUCCUUCCCCGUUUCACAAGUCGCUGCCAGGGUUUUCGCAGGCGAGAUCACUUCCAUAGACUCCGCCGGUGCCAAGGAGACUGCCGACACCCUCCUUAAGUCAGAAGACACGAAAUUGGCUGGCGAGAUCUUCUAUCGUCAGGCCGUCGUGGCACUUAUGUCCAGACUUGGAGGGAUUUUCACGCUCGGACGUCCUGAUGUGCAGGGCCAUUACCAUCCCACUCAAGAAGAGCUUGUGCUGCUGACCAAAAUGGAUGUGGAGCACGAGAAACAGCAGACCAUGCCCUCGAACUCCAUAUACUCUUCCCAACGUGAACUUUCGUUGUUGGCCGCGAACCGCCCACAAAUCCUCCACACACCCGAACAUGCGCUCGUGCAUCCAGGCAUUGAUGCAAUCAUGUUUGACGCCGACAAGUUGACAGUAUGGCUCGUGCAGGUGAUGCACGGUACUUCACGUCCAGUCUCCCCGGAGGGUCUUCUCUUCCUUCUGGAUGUCGUACGUGGAAGUCCUUACGAGCCGUCCCCCACACACCCAUGGCAUUUUGUCUAUGUCACACGAGGGCAGCCCACCAAACUCUUCUUCCACCUCAGUGGGCAGGAAAGAACACGGAGAUUUCUAACGCAAUUCUGGGAAGAACGCAUCAAACCAUACGUUAUGCAGCUGCAUGACACAGAUCUGGACGUUCGGUCUUCGAGUAACGCAUACGAUCAGUGGGGUUUCCCUUAUAAAAUUCCGCAAAGGAGUUCUCCCAGCCUCCCGCGACGCCUUGCGAACUCGCUGGCACACCUCGUCCCAAGAUCCCGGCGUACAACUGAAUCUGACAUUACGCAUGACAAGAUGAUGUCGGAAAUCGAUGCCGCAAUUAUAAGGAACUCGGGCGUGCCGGGAGCUCAGUCACUUGCAGAGAUGGUGAGAGAGCAAUUUUCAGGUCCGGUCCGCCACCACUAUGUGCGGGAUGAUAAACAGACUAGCAGCUGGAGGAAGAGAUGGGCAGAGGUGUGUCGAUGAGCGCUUUCUUAUAUCUGUGCAAGUACUCGUGGUUGAGACUUCAAUAUACAUUUCUGAUUUUCUAAAUCCCUG